AUGGUCCAAGGCCAGCUGCUCCAACUGCACCUGAGCCUGAGGCUGAGGAAACGACUGCUGCACCUGCUGCACCUGAGCCUGAGGCUGAGGAAACGACUGCUGCACCUGCUGCACCUGAGCCUGAGGCUGAGGAAACGACUGCUGCACCCGAGCCUGAGGAAACGACUGCAGCACCUGGGGGCUGAGGAAACGACUGCUGCACUGCUGCUGAGCGACUGCUGCCGAACGACUGCUGCCGAGCGACUGAGGCGAGGAGGAUUGGCGCCACUGCUGCCGCACCGGAGGAACUUUGCACACCGCAAGCAGCAAGGCAGAGUGUGCCUGCCUGCCCUCCGCACACCAGCAGCAGCAAGGCCAGCAGGCAACGCUGUUGGUGAGGAUGCGACGCGAUGA